GCUGCCCUUCUGAUAGACCGCAGCAACAUCUCCGAAGGGAGCGUUCAACAGGCUCAGCUCCUCUACAGGCACAGCAGAAACUGGAUUUCAUAAAGCACUCCGAGAAGCUCCUUUUUUUUUUUUAAGCAGCUCUGAGAACAUUUGAGAGAUUUUUCCUCUGCCUUUGAUUGCGUUUGCCAUUUCUUUACAAAAUCAUGUGCACAGGAGGUUGUGCCAAGUGCCUGGGAACCGUUCUUCUCCCUCUGGCUGUGCUUUGUACCCUCGCUAACAUCUUGUUAUUCUUCCCUGGAGGAAAAGUGCUUGAUGACCAUCUACAUAUUACAGAUGAGGUCUGGUACUUCGCAGGGAUCUUGGGAUCUGGUGUAGCGAUGUUGUUCCCUGCCUUGGUAUUUUUGGGCCUUAAGAACAAUGAUUGCUGUGGAUGCUGUGGUAAUGAGAGCUGUGGAAAGAGGUUUGCGAUGUUUUCCUCAAUAAUAUUUGCUGUAGUUGGAGUUUUGGGAGCCGGAUACUGCUUUGUUUCAUCAGCAAUAGCUCUAAACAAAGGCCCUAAAUGUUUCACUGGAAAAGAGUGGACUUAUCCUUUCGAUAAUGGGAAUUACCUCUCUAACCACACACUGUGGGACUUAUGUCAGUCACCUGAAAACAUCAUCCCGUGGAACCUGACCCUCUUCUCCUUGCUGCUCAUCAUGAGUGGGAUCCAAGUAGUGCUCUGCGGCAUUCAAGUGGUGAAUGGCCUCUUCGGAACAAUCUGUGGGGACUGCAAAUGCUGCGGAUGUUGUGGGGGUGACGGAACUGUCUAAAGAACAGGAGUAUUGCAGACAACCCUCCUUAUCUUGGGAGGCUCCCUUUUGCACCCGUUCCACAAAGCAGCCCUAAGAUGCAUCAUCCCUGGCUAAGAAGAUGAGAAUGAAGGGCACUUCCCCUCAAUAAUGUUAUGAAGCCCUGACUCCCUUUCCGGCCUUCUCAAAAGUCCUCAUCACAGAAUAAAAUAAGCGAAAUAAAACUCUCACAUUCCUAUCUGUUUUUGUAAAAUAACUUCCAUUUACAAAGAGGGUAUUGUCAGGCAAAAUAUUUUCUCUCUUGAGCCACUUUUCCUGGGGAUCACCAAGUGCUGCUGGGACAAGCUCAGUCAUAAUGCAGUUGUGUCUAUUUUCUUUUGAGGGGAAAUAUCACAAGUCUCAACUUCCUUGAGUCCAUUUUUACGUUACGUGGAAAAGUGAGGACUUCUCUCUUCCAGAUCUGCCUGAUUAAAAUGCUCUCUGUAAAGAGUCUCUGUUACAAAAGAGAUCGAUGAACCCCAGGGUGAAGUCUCUUUUCCUGAUGGGUGUGUUCAGCUGUGCUGCUGUGCCAGGAGGGACAGGGCCAAAGCAACAGCCGAAACUGCUGUAAAUCCCUGGUCUGAGGCAUUCGGAGCCAUCUCAGACACCAUAGAAAUCAAGCAGGAAAUAAGAGAGAUUGGAAAAGUUUGAGGGAUUCAGAUCACCUGAUACACUUCUUCAGAAAUUCCCCAAACAAAUUUUCACAGACCAACUUGCCAGACGGAACGCCUCAAGGCUUCUAGAUCACAAACGCAGGUGCCACAUCUCCUCUUUAAACAUCUUCCAACUGAAAUAACGAUUCUGCGGUCUGUGCUUUCGGAAAACACAGUUGAUGCCCUCUAUCUACACUGAAGAACUCAAAGCAUUCAGAAGCACCAAAAGCUGGUGAGCAAUAUGCAAAAAAUGCUAAAGAGCUCAAUCCUAGGUACCAAGAGUUACAGUAAUAAAAGCAAAGCGGCCUCAGUGACAGAGUGUGCAAGAUGAUAACAGAAAUUAUAAGCCCCCUCUUUAGAAACAGUUGUCUCUCCCACCUGUUCUACCGCAUUGCUGGGCAGUUUGAGAGGACCCUUCAUUCCACCACCCACUGAUGCAACCAUCUCACAUCUAUUCUUUCAUCUGGGGUUAGCAGCUGUCCUCCACCUCAUCUCCCAUUUGUCUUGGUUUAUUUAUAUGAAGCCUUUGGGAACACGGAAUGCUUCUCAUCAGCGUUCAGAGAAAGGAUGGGUAACGGCAUAGGGUACAGUCUUGAUAAAUUAAUAAACAGAAUGCAGGAAACUUUGUGGGAGACGUGGGAUAAAAAAUAUAAUCAGGAAGCUAUGAUAGCUAAAACCAAAAACAACAGGUGCCUCGUGAGUCAACGCUUCAAGGCUGUCCAGCUACAGGGUGAAUUUCUAACAUGAGCUGAGAUAUAGCAGAUAACGAGACAAGGCACACGUUUCGUCUGAUCUGAGCUGCAUUUGCACCUUGGCCUUGAGCGUGUUGAACAAGCACAAAUGAACUGGAAACAGCAACUCAGUUGAUUUAGCAAUUUAAAUAAGAGUGUUCCUCAAUCCAUUCAGUUCUGGUUAACAUCUGAGGCUCUCCCCAAGCGUUUAAUUUCAAGAGAACCACACUUUGCACACACCGGUGUCAGCUCUGCAGUAACUGGAGAUGGCUCUCCGUGUUUUUACUGAGCAAAGUGUCCAGUAAAAUCACGGAGAGAGACCGAUCUCAUAACAGAGAAAGGUAUCAUGGACCAGCGGUACUCCUGGGAAAGAAGUCACAGGUAAAAAGAGAGGACCAUGACAGGGUCAGGAAGGUGAUGGCAAGAGAGGAAGCACAAACAGAGAACUGAAAAUGUACAACCUGAUCUCGUCAGUCCUGGCCAACUGGAACACCACACUCAGUUGUAGUGCGUACAAAUGUCAACCGUAACACAGACACAGACAUCCUCGUAGCCGAAAGGGAAAAUAGUAGUAGCGUUUGUAAAACUUCAGAGAUGUCCAUGUUACCGGAAAUAUCAUUAUUCACCCAUAAAAACCAGCCGCUUGGUGACUGGUUUACUGGGGUGCUGAGAGCAUUGUAAGGCAUUGUUUUAGCUGUGUUUACAGACAGAAACACACGGGUUAUUUAACAAUGCAGAUUAUAAGAUGCGAAGCAUGGAUGUGCGACUUCGACCCCAGGCAUUUCAGCUUCAGUCUGGCAAAACUGGUGCCCCGCACGGCAUUGUGUACAGUUGGAGCUCUCUUUAUUGACCGUCUCCAACGCACAGGCUGCAACAAGCUGACACAUUAACCACAUCGUCGGGGAACGAUGCAUUAUCGAACCAUCAACCCUUUGCAAAAGGUUUGUUUCUCAAAUUAGGAAGCAGCAGACACAAAGCAGAAGACAUCGCUCAGCCAAGAGCGAAGGAUGCUUUCUGACACCAAUCUAGUCUUGAACGCUCAUUGCCUGGCUCAGUCCAACUUUAAUUCCCUCAUCACAGCUUCUACGCCAGCCAUGGUGUAACCAGCAACCACGCAAACGACGACAAACGCUUAUGGUUAUCCCAAUGCAAUUUAAGAACCUCCUGUUUUUUAUAUAUGUUUCUAAAGCUUUGUAUUUUCUUCUUGUUUAAAACCAGUCUGUUGUUAUUUCAGGUGUGCUUGUGAGUGAAACUGUAACUAUCGCUAACAGCCAUAAUGAUUAAUAAACCGAACCAUAAUGGUAAAAUAACCCAUUUCAUUUGCCAAGUGCUGAUCAUUUAAUUCAAAAUGUAUGCCUUUUGCACAGAACAGCAUGUCUGUCUCUUUAUUCCAAGCAGCGUUAUACAGUUCCCUGGGAAGCACAUACUAAGAUGCUCCAAAGAAAAAAAGGAAACAAUUUAAUAAACCAAUCUGCAUCUGAAAUAUUUAUGUCCAUUUA